GCUAGCGGAACGUACAUCUUUAAACUCUCAAGAUUUGAAGAUUUAUUUGUAAAAAAGUAUAAAAUUCAUUACAUAAUUAAUCUAUACAAUUUUCGAGUCAUUUUUGCUAGUUAUUUAUUAAGUAUAUAUAAUUAUAAUCAAUAAUCACUAUGUAUAGGAACAUUCAUGUAGCUUGUAGUGGCCUAAAUAAGGUUUGUAAAAAUUAAUUUAAUUUAUAUAGAUUUUGCUAUCAGCACAUUUGAAAAAUUAUUUUUAAUUUACGUUUUUUAGCUACAACUUUUUAACGGUACAGUGAAAAAUAUAUUGAUUGGUGGUUGUGUGAGUCAAAUACGAUUGAGAAGCAACAAACAUUACAAACCUGAGUUUAAAAAGCUAAGAAGUCAAAAGGUAGGUAACUAAAUACUUCUUAGCAGUUAGCGGCUAUCCUACAAUAUAGGUAUAUUGACUUCUUGACCUUAAGUUAUUGUUGAGUAUGGGAAUCUGUAGUCUGUACAUUUUUAUAUGUGAAUAAUAUAGAAUUUCACGACAACAAAAAAUUUUCUUCUUUAAUAUUUAACCCUUAUUAUGGAGCACAAAUGCACAAUUUUUUUUUAAUUGUGUUACAAAAAAUGUUUAUCAUUUAUGUCCUAAUUUUAAUUUUUUAAUGUUUUAAUUACUCAGUACACCAUUUUGGGUAGAUAGGACGUAACAUGGAUGAAUGUUGAUGAGGCUGAUGGCAGUCAUAGGUAUAGAUUAUUUAUUGGAAGGGACUAUUAAUUAUUUGUAAUAGCAGUGAAUUGAGAUUUGAACAAAAAUUGAUAUUCUGAAGCAAUUUAAAAAUGGAGGGUUAACCCCUCCUGUUGGUUAGUUAAUUUUUAUCUGUCACUACACCUAUAUUAUUUAGAAUAGCCACCACUGCUUCUUAGUGAAAAAAAGGAAUAUUUCAAAAAGUUUAUCACAUGUUGAGACUAUAUUCUGAAUUUUGUUUGUAAGGACUCUUGCCUGUAGAUUAUAACAAAUAAAUAUUUCUUCUACUUAUUAUAGUUAUAAAGUUAUGAUAUAAAUAUCUGAUGCAAUAAUAUUUGAAUUAUAAUUGUCUUAAAAUUGUGCUACAAAAAGUAUUCAUAUGAAUAUAUCUAAAAAUAGUCUAUAAUAAAAAAUAAUAUUUUAAUAUUUGAAAACACAUAAAGUAUUAUGAAAAUUGUUUUGUUAAUUUUUCUUUUAGAUUCUGAGAGUAGUGAGGAAUGUAUUGGUUUUGCUAUAAUUUAAGUUUUUAUUUAUUAUUUUUUUUUGACUGUAAACAACUUUUUACCAGAAAUCUUGUUCCAAUCAAAAAAUGCCAAGAUAUCUAGUUUUUUUGUAUUUUGGAUCUUAUUGGUGAGUAACUAAAUCAUUUUUUGAUUUUCCAAGCAGUUUUCAUAAUGAUCAUUAUUUUCAAUUUUGGUUUUCAUUGUAAAUUUAAUACAAAUUAUAGAGCUGACAUUUUCAUAAAAUUAUUAUAUUAUGUUUUAUAGGUGUCUUACAAUAUUCAAAACAUUAUUUUAGUUUUUUAAAGUUCAGUGCAAUUGUUUUAAGAGUUUUAAGAUCACAUUUUGGUAAAAUUACAGUACUUUAAAACAUGUAGUUGUAUCAGAAUUGUAUUUUGUAACGAAUGGUUUAUCGUUGUUUAUAGAUAUAAAUUAAAUACCUAAAUGUAUAUAUCCUACCUCUUCCCACCUAUAUCACUCGCAUCAGCAGUAUCAGCUUUUUAUUUUUAUUUGAAAAUAUUGGUUUCAACAGCAGCUGUAGCGAUAGUAUUUAAGUAACCCUAUGCUCUUAUAAUGUAUAACUAAUUUCUGUUAUAAAGUGGUCAUAGACUUAUUAAAAACUAUUUCUUUGUCUUUAAAGAGGAGUACCAAUUGCAUAUUUUUAUAUAAAUAAGGAUAGUUAUCAAUAACUAAUUAAUAUUUUGAAUAGGUUAUUAAAGUAACAUUACCUGAUUACAAUGAAGAAAAAAGGGACACCGAAAAUUAUAAUCCUGAAAUAUUACGUACUAGAUAUAAAGAAAAAGGUGUUCAGCCUGUAAGACCCUGGAUAGAACAUACUACAUUUAUAAAUAAUACUGGCUCUAUCAUUGAACCUUAUGUUCCACCAGAAGGAGAUGGCAAAGUUUCACCAUUAAGUACAGCAGUUGAGUCAAAAUAUAUUUAUUUCAAUAACUAUAACUAUAAUACUAAUCAUUUUUUAUUUAGGGAGCUAAACAAAAAAUUGAAUUAUUAAAAAAAAAAAGAGAAACAUGGCAAGCUAUUCGUAAAAUAAGACAGAAUGAGGAAGAAUUUGAAUUAUAUCCAGAUUUUAUAACUAAAGCACAGGAUGUUUAUAUUAAAGCUCACACAGCUAUGAUUAAGUGCGUAAAAAUGUAUUUCAUUAAUCAUAUCUAUGAUAAAUUUUACUUUUGUGUUUUAUUUGUUUAGCAAGGAUAAGAAAAAUUUACUUGAAUAUGUUACAGAAAGAGCCUAUAUUGUAAGUAAAAUCAUUUAUUUAUAAUUUGAUUUAUGUAUUUAUAUAAAUAUAUUAUGUACAUUAAAGGAAAUGAUCCACAACAUAGAUAGAAAGACAUUACGUUGGUCAUUCAUAAAAUCAAUUGAACCACCUCGUGUUGUUCAUGCACGAGUAACAGAUAUUAUAACUUCAGAUAAUUUAUUUGCACAGUUAACUGUACGCUUCCACACACAACAGGUAUUGUAUUAUAUUAUAUUAAGUCACAUUAUUCAAAAUAUAUAUAUCAUGGCAUUGUGUAUUAAUUUGUUUAACUAAUUAAGAUUAUAUAUUUUGUAACAGACAUUAACAGUUUUUGAUCGUUUUGGACGCUUAAUUUUUGGUAGUGAUGUAGUUGCUAAAGAUGUCUUAGAAUAUGUUGUAUUUGAGAAACAUAUUGUAAAUCAAUAUGGUUUGUGGCGGAUACAUGGUAAAAUUAUUCCUGAUUGGAUGCCUCCUAAAGAACCUGCUAUAAUAACGAAUAUAAUAAAUCCUGAAACUGAAACAGAAACAGCAUUAGAAGCUCAACCAGAUGAAGCAAAAUCUAAAAUUGUACUUCCAGAUGCAUAAUUAUAAAUAUUGAUGUAAAAAAACAAUAUUAAUAAAGAUAUAGAUAUUUGUUAUUUUAUUUUUUUAUUUUUUUUAAUAAAUAAAUAUUUAUACAAUUAAUACUUAAAAAUUAACAUAUAAAUGUGUGACAUAAAAAUAUAAAUACCCAUACCACAAUAAUACUGUAUGUAAAAAUAUAUAUUUAAAAUAAUUUUCUUUUUGUAAUAUAAUAUUAAUAAUAACAAAACUAUUUAAGUAAUAUCUUAAAUAAAUUUAUACAAAACUACUUGUUGGAUGAUCCAAGUACACAGGUUUUUUAACCUUAGUAUCAACUUUUUUUUUUAUCUGAUGAUCAUUGAUUAAGUUCUUAGGCUUAGGUGGAAGAGGUGGAGGAAGAUGUCUCAUCAAUUUGGUACGAUCAUCGUUUAUUGGAUUUGGCCGUUUGAAUUCACCAUCAUUCUGAGAUUUAUAAAAACGAGCUGAUUCCCUAAUACCAUUACACUCUGUUAAUCUAAGUGAUUUACGUUGUUUUUUGUUAGUGUCCACAGUUUUAUUUUCUUUAUCCUA